CUCCCCUCAGGUGCCUCAGGGGCAGCGGCGUAAGCGAGUAUCGGGAGGGGACGGAAGGCCUGACGUGCCUGCUGCUGAAUAAUUCCUACAUUCAUGAUCAUUUGGUUAUAUGGUCCAGAAAUAAAUGAAUCAUAGUGAUGAAGAAACUAUGAAGAAAACCAGUGUAGUGAACCUUGAUAAACUUCUAUAUGACUUCUCAGAGAUAGAAAAGAAAAUAACAGAAAUUAAUGAUGCAAAUAACCUACUGAUUCAUCAGCUGGAAAAAUGUAACAGAUUGCUAACAUUAAGUCAAUCAAAGGAGGAAUCAGUAAAAGAGGAAUGCAGUGCUCUACAGAAUGUGAUAAAGGGUCUGACACAAACCAUUGAAAACCAGUGUAACGUGAAAGAUGAAAAUGAUAGACUAAAGGGAACCAUUCACAUCUUGGAAGAUAAAUUAAAGACUUGUGAAGAGGAGUAUAAAGAUCAAAUUGAGAAACUCAUGACAGAAAUUAAAAACAAAGAGGAAGACCACAAAUCUGAAAUAACACAGUUGAAUUGCGAUACAAGGAAAAAAUUUGAAGUAAAAGAAAUGGAGUAUAGAGAAGAGAGAGAGAAAAAAGAACUGGAAAUAUUAGAGCUGACUAGACAGCUGAAAAUUCAAAAUGAAGAGAAGCAGAAUGAAAUAAUUAAACUGCAGAUAGAGUUCAAUGCUAAAUUGGCAAGAGCUCAGGAUAAAACGACCAAGUCCUUUUCAGAUGCUUCAGUCUUACCACAAAGUAUCUAUCGAAGGAAGCUGCAGCAUCUCCAGGAAGAGAAAAACAAGGAAAUUGAAAUUCUCCGAAAUACCAUAAGAGACUUGGAGCAACGUCUUAAUAGAGGCCAAGACCCGCCCUUCAAACGGAGGAGAUUCUGAGUAAAUUACUUUAAGUAUUCAGUGUUCCAAAUUCUGCAUCUCAAAAUAAAAACAAGAUAUGAAGAAA